CAAACACUCUGUACAUCAAAGCCGUCCAAUGAAAUGGCGAAAUCUGCGCAAACAUACAGCAAGCACUUCAUCCCACUCGAGUCGAGCCCUGAAAUAUUCACAGAGCUUGCGCACAAUCUAGGGCUGCCUGCAUCGUUAGAGUUUCAUGAUGUGCUUUCUCUGGAUGAUCCAGAAUUACUUGGGAUGCUGCCACGGCCAGUAUACGGGCUGAUUCUGAUACUUCCGACGACAGAAGCGUACGAGAAAAGAGUCCAGGAUGAGGAUAUUAAGCUGGAGAGUUUGCAAGGCGCCAAGCAAAACGGCGAUGUAGUGUUUUUCACACAAACGAUUAACAAUGCGUGCGGGUUGUAUGCUAUACUGCAUGCUGUAUGCAAUGGGCCGGUCAGGGAAAGGAUAGAAUCCGAUUCAAUCAUUGCGAGAGUGCUCAGUUCAAGUCUGGCGAAUGGUGUAGAUGAGCUGGCUAGAGCGCUGGAAGACAGUGAAGAGUUGGAAAAAGCAUAUGCCGCUGCUGCUACCAAGGGUGAUACGGAUGCGCCAGUCAAUGCUGAAGAUGAGGUAGAUUAUCACUAUGUUGCUUUUGUGCGAUCAUCCAAGAGUGGACAUCUCUACCAACUCGAUGGAGACCGGAAACGUCCCAUUGAUCUUGGAACACUUGAAGCAGACGAAGACGUUCUUGGAAGCAAGUGUCUUGAUAUCAUUCGGAACAUGGUGGCACUUGAAAACAACAAUGUCAACUUUAGCUUAAUGGCCCUGGUUGAGGGCGCCGAAGUGUAGGUAGCCAAGGAGUCACACUCUCGGUUGAAGAGUCUCCGAAGAGCGGUAAAGUGUGAACUAUGAAGGACCUUCUUAUUUGUUCUUGCAACCAAGAAUGCACGUACUGGAGUACAG